CUUGAUGAGCCUCGGAUUUUGAUUUGCCUUCUUUGUAGACAGGCUGUUCGACCUGGCAGAGGCAUCGAAACCCACUUUCGAAAUAUGCACAAGUACACGGGAGAUAAGCUCAAGGCGGUGCUGUCUUUUUGCGAUAAGCAAGGAUUUCAAGAUCCAACCAAGGUACCACUUCCUGCCAAUGGUAGUAAGGCUAUCCCGCAACUCCCAAAGCUGGGUGGA